AAGAGAGACCUGUCUUUACUGCUGGAUCUUCAUUUCUUUCUAUCUCUUCUUCUGACUGGUUUUGUGUCUCCACCUCAACGCUCCUUCAAAGAUCCAGACUUUGGCAGCUGCAGGUGCUCUCCACAAUGAAUAGAAGCUAGUGAAAGAAUGCUGACGAGCCUCUAAAUAUUUGGAAUAAGGAUAGCUCACGGUUCAGCGAGAAUGCAUCUGACAAAAGAGGCACUAACCCAAGCAGUCUUCAUCCUUUCAUUAAACAUUUUAUCUGCCAAUUCCGAACCCUUCAAAAACAUUUCUUUCAAUAUCCCUUCUUUUCAAUUGAACGAUCAGAGAAUAACUUUUCAGGGAAAUGCUUCCGUACUGAACUCCAUCAUCCAACUCACUGUUGGUGCGUCAAAGGAGAGCCCCACAUACAUAGUUGGCCGAGCAAUAUACCAUGAACCCUUGCAUCUGUGGGAUAGUUCAACAGGGAACGUGGCAGAUUUUGUCAGCCAUUUUACUUUUGCUAUCGAUUCCAGUGGGAGCGACUCCCAUGCUGACGGAUUGGCAUUCUUUCUCGCUCCCAAUGGAUCGCAGAUCCCUGAACACUCAGAAGGAUGCUUUCUAGGCCUCACAUCAAAUCUAAAUUCUGCCAACUCUAGUACUGCAUUUGUUGCAGUAGAGUUUGAUACUUUCUAUGACCAUUCGACAAAUAAAUGGGAUCCGCUAUGUGAACAUGUCGGUAUCGAUGUAAACAGUGUGGCUUCUGUCCGUGAAACUUGUGUCUCAUGGAUGGAAUACAACAUACUCCAUGGCCUAGAACUCCAUGCUCAGGUCACAUACGAUUCUAGAGCAAUGAACUUGAGUGUUGUUUUUGGAGAUAAUGCUGAAAAUUCCGUCAGCCUUUACUAUCAGCCACUUAACCUGACAGAGUACUUGCCGGAAUGGGUGGUUUUUGGUUUCUCGGCAACAACAGGGCAGUUGUUUGAGGCUCAUGCUAUUUUCUCAUGGGAAUUCAACUCUAGUCUGCAAAUCCUUGACAAUGUAAACGGUACAACAAAUGAGACUAACGUCGACCCACCUACAGGUGGUAUAACUCGAGGAGAAAAAAGCAAGUCGUGGGUGAGGGGGGCUACCUUGGGCUUAAGCUCUUUGGUGUUGCUUAUCCUUGUUGCAGGAUUUGGCUGGUAUUGCUGUCAGCUAAAGAGAAAUAGGAAUGAUCAAAGUGGAGAAGAAGAAGACGUUCCGGGGAUUGAUGAAGGAUUUGAACAGUCCAGGGGACCCAAGAAGUACUCCUACAAGGUCUUGGCCAUGGCAACUAACAACUUUUCCAAUACCAGAUUGCUAGGGGAAGGGGGUUUCGGAGGAGUGUUUGAAGGCCACCUCUCUGAUGCAAAUUCCCAUGUCGCUAUCAAGAAGAUCUCUCCAGAGUCCAAACAAGGCGUAAAGGAGUAUGCCACUGAAGUGAAGACGAUUAGACAUCUCAGGCAUAAAAAUUUAGUGGAGCUCGUCGGCUGGUGUCAUGAGAGAAACAAGUUCCUCCUUGUGUAUGAGUUCAUGUCUAACGGUAGCUUAGACUCUCAUUUGUUCAAAGAUAAAACGCCGCUUACAUGGGAAAAGAGGUACAAUAUCGCUCAAGGCAUUGCCUUAGGGCUGAAAUACUUGCACGAGGAUUUGAAACAAUGUGUUGUGCACAGGGAUAUAAAGUCCAGCAAUAUCCUACUUGAUGCACAAUUCGAGGCUAAAUUGGGGGAUUUUGGCUUGGCUCGGAUAGUCGACCAUGCCAAAGGGUCGCAAACAACUCUAGUGGCUGGGACCACGGGAUAUUUGGCCCCUGAAUGUAUCUAUACAGGCAAGGCAAGCAAGGAAUCUGAUGUCUACAGCUUCGGAGUUGUCGUCUUAGAAAUAGCGUGUGGAAGAAGAGCUAUCGAACCGAGAGCAUCACAAGGCCAAAUCCAACUCGUGGAAUGGGUCUGGGAGCUCUAUGGAAUCCAAAAGCUAUUCGAUGCAGCAGAUCCGAAGUUAGGAGAAAAUUUUGAUGCGAGACAAAUGGAGUGCUUGAUGAUUGUAGGCCUCUGGUGCGCUCAUCCAGACCCUAAGGAACGGCCUCCCAUAAGCAAAGCGAUAAGCUUUUUGAACUUCGAUGCUUCACCACCCAUUCUCCCACCAAAGGUGCCCAUCCCGACAUAUAUCGUGCCUCCAUCUUUGAUGCCCGAAUCGUCGCACGUUACGUCCACCAGCUUCAGAAGUAGUGAACCAACGAGUGCUAACAAUUACGAACUGUCCACAUUUACCGGCUCUUCCAAGAAGUCUUGCAGUUGAUCUUCUUCCGUAUUGCUUUCGAAUGCAGAGUAAGUUCACUGUUUUUAUGGGUUCUGUAAUGCGACUUUGGUGUUCUAUGAUUCGUAUGUAUUACAUGUAUACAAGCAGACCUUUAAUUUCAAGUUUCUAUUUCCUCUUAUUUUUGGAUUUUCACAUUACGUGUUAGAUUUUGUGUCAGCAUUGUAUGGAUUUUGAUGUGAAAGUGGGUGUAUAUGUGUUAGUGGGACAACAUAGCAAAGGGUGAAAAGGAAACAUAUAUAACUUUCAUUGAGAAAGGAUUACAAUGUUGAUGGGUUUCAUUCUUUUUGGUUGGUCUCUCUUGUAUGCAUGACUGAACAGUCUUGCCUAUUAAUAGACUCAAUCCAUCGACCUAUACAUGCAAUUUAUCUCUGCAAUUGUCAGAUAUUAUUUCUUGUUUUUAAUUUGGGCCACAAACUUCAACUACUACCUAUUAAACUCAUGAUCUGUUUCAGUGGCUAUUAGUCAUCUCAAUCCAGGAUUUUGUAAUUUUGUGGCUUGCAAAAUUAUGCAGUCAUAACGUAAAUCGCAUUGUCCUUCGUCCUACUCUCGACUUCUCUCUCUCUCAUACUCACAA